GCUCUUAUAAACAGCCCCAUGCAACUUGCAAACGCAGAAGUUUCGGUAUCUUGUGCCUAACGAUUGUCAAGCUUGUGGCUGCGUUCCGAGGAGACGAUACCAACCAGUUAUCAUGAAGUACCUUAUUGUGCUUAUGGCUGCGGUGCAGCUUGCAUAUUCACAAACUGAGAUUAUUAGGACACAGGGACCAACCGUCUCACCAGCAGAGUUCUGCCAGCAGUGUGUCGAGGAGAGAAAUGGCGUAGGUCACUAUGAGAACCCAGAUGACUGUAGGUCACACUUCAGCUGCCAAAGAAGAGAUGAUGGCACCGUGUAUGCCAACCUUAUGCCAUGCUCUCCUGGCACUCUCUUCGAGAGGAGCGUAGCUACAUGCGUGCCAUGUGCCGAUGCCACUUGUGACGGAUGUGCAUGCCCAGAUCCAAAAUGCCCACCACUUACAUUCGUUCCCGAAUCCACCACCACCGAGCCAAUGCCACCAAAGGGCCCUCAGUCCUGCGAGGGCAACGAUGGCUGGAGGAACUUUGAGGCCGAGGGAUCCACCAACAAAUUCGUGCGUGAAAUGACCAUCAACCAGACCCUGUACCAGGAGCUCGUCUAUUGUGGACCCACUGAUGACUGGAGAUUCGAUGUCUCACCAGAUGUAUGCGCCUGCACUACUCUGCCCGAGAACGCAGUUCUUAUUAUUCCCUUCGACGCCCAGCCAUUCAAGACGUACAACAACGGUGAUUGGGUCGAUGCCAAGGACGUCGGAAUCACUGCCGGCCGCGUUGGCAACGCAGCUGACAUGAACGGUACCCAGCAGAUUGAGAUCCCGCGUAUGGACAACACCUACUGGGGAACACAGGUCACACUGAACAUCGACUUCAAUGCCGAUCCUAAUGGCAAUGAUGUCAAGAGGAACGUCCUCUCCACUGGCAGCUGCAACAUCCCACCAACAAUUGAGCUCAACUUAAGAGAGGACAAUACUCUUGAAUGCAAAUUCCGUGUCAUUGAUGUUAACGGCACAGAGACAAACAUUGUGGAAACAAUCCCAGGCAUCCAGAGAGGCUCGUGGAACAACGCACAGGUGGUCUUCGACGGUCUCUCCUUCAGAGUGUACCUCAAUGGCCAGCUUCAGUUCACAAGCGUUGCUGUUGGCACCAUUCCAUACACCUUGGCUCCAUUGUUCCUCGGCAGAUCUCUGAACUGCGAGGUCCAGGAGUUUGUAUCCAACACCAGGUGGUAUGGCCAGCUUGAUGAGCUGCAAGUGUACCAAGUUGUCCUGAGUGACUACGAUCGUUGCAGAGUACGUAAUGGCGGCCAUAACGUUAUUGUUGAGAACCCAGACGUCGCAGGCUGCUCACAAUAGAUGGCGGCACCUGCAGAUCACCGACCAUAACAGUCCAAAGGAAUGACGAGAGUGAACACUUUCCGCAAUGCUUGUCAUGUGGCGCCAGCUGAACUUUUGAGUGUCUUAUUUGGACAGUAUGUCGAAACACUUGAUCAAUUACGGAAACAAGGGCUGAGAUUUUUUCACUGAUAUUAGAGGGAGAACAUGAAAGUGUUGAUGACGCAAAAUAUUAUUGUCUAAAUGUGCCAUUCUGAGUUUGUUGGACGGCAUGACCUCAACCAGGCAUACGUAUUAUAUUGUAUUGUUUAUUUGUGACAUAUCAUAACUCACGUAUCAUAGACAUUUACAUAAGACGUAUUUGUGACGUUUUUCUGUCUUGAUUUUUGUAAUAAAUUUCUAUGCAUGUUCUUUAAUCAAAACUGAUCGAUAUUGUGCUGUUGUCUGAGUAGGGGAAAUAGUUAGGCCUAUCAUACAUAGGUAUCUUUGUACAGUUAGCCUGGGUACAGCUAAUAAAGCUUUUAUGAUGCAAUCGAAAAUACCAAAAAA